AUGUCGCAAGGCGGCAAAGCUGUCUCCACUACCGUCCCUACCAUGCCUCUUGACGUCGGAGCUGCAUCAGUGGAGGUUCUGGUCCACGACCACCACACCCUCUCCAGCUCAUUGGACACUAUCCCCCUAAUUGGAGACUCGGAUUGCCAUUACUGGCGCGAGAUAAGUGACGAGUUUGUGAACUUUUCUCGGGCGCCUGGCAGGAGCGAUAAUCUCAGCAAAGAUCCCGGGCUCUCCGAUAUCCCAGGACAGGCAAGAGAUACGAUGGACAAGAACAGAUUUUACGAAGAAUGCUUCCGUAAAAUUCUUUAUGGAUUCGCUCUCCUCAGUCUAGCCAUUUUCGCUGUCUGGAUGUUCUCUGCGACAGUCUUCAUCUCAGAUGUUGCUGUCGGCACUGACCAUGGAAAAUUGUACAUGGUUCUUGUCCUUGCCCUCACCGCGUAUCUGAUGACACUAUCGCCUGUCGUCCAGAUGCUGAAGAAUGAAGAUGCAGUCACUUUGGUGGCUGCUUGUGCCUCGCUUGCAGCAUUCUUGGUGUCUCUGGCUUUCAAGCGUCAGCGCAACAGACAACAGCUUCAAGGGCCCGAGGCCACUGUCUAA